CGCAGAGUCGCACUAUUAGCCAAUAGGAGAAAGGAGUCUCUACUCUCUAAUGCUCCCUCGCCUCUCCUUUCUCCCCCGUUCCCUCCACCCUACUCUCUCCUCUCGAAUGGCGUCUGCUAUUCCACGCGCCAAUACCACUUUCUCUCACGAACGCUCCCUAACCACCUUCUCCAUCUCCCGCUCUCCUUCCAAUCUAUCUCCCAUUCGGUACACGGCUUGUUUCGAUGUCCCUUCGUUAUCGAAAUCUGCCCUCUUCGGUAGGAGAUUUCACGCUCUCUGCCAACAAGAUGGGAGGCGGCUUUCGAGGCCUACGCGAAUCGUUUCGGCUUUGAAUAGAGAUUAUCGGAAGGUGAGAAGACGGCCAGCGAAGAGUAGAGAGAAGCAGUUGGAGCUCAGUGUCAGUAUUUGCAUUGAAGAAGAGUUGCCUGAUGAUCCUGAAAUUUUGAGCAUUGCGGAGUUACUUCGUCUUAAUGUGCCAACGGCGAUGAAGUUAGCUUUUGAUCGUUUGAAAGAUACAAACUAUAAAACAAGAGAUACUGUUAUUGAAGAUUUUGGCGGUUUCGAGAGCGUAGAGUUGUCUGUACUCCUUUGCAACGAUGAGUUCAUCCGAAAACUAAAUAAGGAAUGGAGGGACGAAGACCAUGCUACUGAUGUCCUUUCCAUGUCAGAACAUGUUCCUGCACUUAAGCUUCCUAUUCUUAUGUUGGGUGAUAUUGUAAUUUCUGUUGAGACCGCUGCAAGGCAAGCAGAAGAAAGAGGGCACACUCUUAUUGAUGAAAUACGAAUCCUUAUGGUUCAUGGGUUGCUGCACCUGUUGGGCUUUGAUCAUGAAAUCAGUGAAGAUGCUGAAGAAGAAAUGGAGAAGGAGGAGGAAUUUCUUUUGAAGAGUCUUGGAUGGAAGGGAAAAGGACUAAUACGGAGUGCAUAUGAUGGUGAAAAUCUUCAUAUGGAAAAUUCAAAUGAUAAUAUGUCAAAAGACAGGAAGAAAGAAGGUAGUCUUCGAUUUUACGAACCGAAGUUCAAGUACAUCUUCUGUGAUAUGGAUGGUACACUGCUGAACAGCAAAAGUCAAGUUUCAUUGACCAAUGCAAGAGCUUUGAAAGAGGCAUCAUCAAGAGGUGUAAAAAUUGUGGUAGCCACAGGAAAGGCACGUCCUUCUGCAAUAAGUGUUCUGCAGAUGGUUGAUUUAGCUGGCAAAGACGGCAUCCUUUCAGAGCACUCUCCUGGGGUUUUCUUACAGGGAUUGCUUGUUUAUGGUAUAAAAGGUCGGGAAAUUUUUAGAAGGAAUUUAGAUCCAAAUGUUUGCAGAGAGGCAGGCCAUUACUCUCUAGAGCACAAGGUUCCACUUAUUGCAUUUUGUGAGGAUCGCUGUUUAACCCUAUUUGAUCACCCUCUUGUUGACACACUGCAUACUGUAUAUCAUGAGCCAAAGGCGGAGAUCAUGCCUUCAGUUGAGCAUCUGGUGGCUGCUGCUGACAUACAGAAGCUGAUAUUUUUCGACACUCCUGAGGGAAUAUCAACCAAUUUGCGUCCAUACUGGUCAGAAGCUACAAGAGAUCGUGCUAGUGUUGUCCAAGCUGUACCAGACAUGCUUGAAAUCGUUCCUCUUGGGACUUCAAAAGGGAGUGGAGUAAAAAUGCUACUUGAUCAUUUGGGUGUCAACGCAAAGGAGAUAAUGGCUAUUGGUGAUGGGGAAAAUGACGUGGAAAUGCUUGAGUUGGCAUCUCUGGGAAUUGCUCUCUGUAAUGGAACAGAAAAAACAAAAAGUGUGGCUGAUGUAAUUGGUCCUAGCAAUGAUGAAGAUGGUGUAGCUGACGCCAUCUACCGGUAUGCAUUCUGAAGACUUAAUUCACGCAUAAGACAUGGUACAAUAUCCGGAAUGGGCUAUUUUUGCUCUUUCCAUGGAUCAUUUCGGUCAUCCUGAUAUAAUAGGAGAUUAAUUUGUCUCCUUUCCCCCAUAAUUUAUUUUUUCCCUUUUGGAUGGGGAACCCCAAUUACUUGAAAUUCGUGUUUCUUUUGUAUAAGGCAAAUGCCUUUAUUCUUUACUGACACAAGAUGUUAUGCAUUUGCUCCUCCCAUAGUACCUGCUUGGAGAAUAUAUGGUAACUUAAUCAUGCUAAUGAUUUCACCUGA